CCCAAAUCGUUUGCAUUUGCAGAGGUCCAGCCCACUAUUCACAGAGAGGACGAAGUAGUUUUUACAAAUCUUAGAGAGAGAAAGCUUAAGAGAGAGAAGAUCGAGCUCGAAGAAGAACCAGAGCAAACAUUUUAAACAUUUGUAUACACAAAUCUACAUACCGAAGAAACGCAUGUAUAUUAGGCAUGUAUUAUCUUGUGAGUGAUUAGGGUUUCCAAUUUCAAAAAAGGGUGAGUUCAAUCAUAUGAUAUCGUGUCCUGUAUUUCUAGGGCAAAAAAUUCCUUUGAUUUUUAAAAAUUGGUGCAACUUAUAUCGAAGGAAAAGCGUAAUAGGAGGGAUAAAAGUUUUGUAAGCUUGAAAUUGUUGCAGAGCUCCUGGGAAUUCAGUUCUUGAAAUCAAUGGGAGAGAAACGCUUCUAGGUUAUUAUAGUGGGAAUGCAUGGAUGUGCUUCAGGAUCUCUGCUUUUAGUCAAUGCUGGGGUUGAUUCCAUGGGAGGAGUUAUUGAUGGUGGAGUUGAAAUCUCUUCUGCACCAUCUCCUCACCAGUCAUCAGAUCUUGAGAAAACACAAGCAGAGCUUAGGGAGACAUUCAGUGCUGCUGAAAAAUAUAGAAGAGAAUUAGAGUUUUUACAGAAGGGUGGUGAUCCAUUAGAUUUGAAAGUUGGAACUGCAGCAUCAAUUAGCCUGCAGUCCACCUCGCUGACAGAUCAACAUCCUGAGCAGUUUGUAACAAGUGAAGUGAAAGGCAGUUUUGCAAUAACCGCUUCACCUCAUGGAGAUUCUGUUGAAAGCAGUGGCAGAUUAGGGGCUCUUUCAGUUGGUGAACCAAAUAGUGCUGAUAAUCUUAUGUUAUUUGAUGGAAACAAUAAGUUUCGUGAAGUUGAAAGAAUACUCACCAAAGAAUCUGGAGAAUCUGUUGCACUUGAACUUCCUAAAAAAUCAUAUGAGCGUAGGAUUAGGUCUAGACCAAAUCGACAUGCUUCCAGGGAUACCAAGGGAUUGGUGCAUAAUGUAGAAAAUCAAGAGCACAAGCAUUUGUCAAAUUCCAAUUCUUCCAAUCCUAAAAGUCCUAAUGUUGGCUUAACCCUCAAGAAUUUAGGUUCCAACAGUUGUUUAGACAUAAAAUCAAAUGGUACACAGACCCAAAUAUCUGAUACUCAAGAAAUCCCACUUUCCAUGUCCCCUGUAGAGCCUGGAUCUGUGGGGAACAUAGAGCAGGAGAAAUUGUCAGGCUCUGAGCACCCUCCAGAUGUGGAUGCAAACACAGUUGAUGACCUGUCUUUAUUGGGUCAAACAAAGGGUUUUGACUCCAAAUCAUCAUGCUGCCAAACCGAUCAAAGUUUAGAUGGUAAUAGUAAGAAUGAAGUGCCAAGUAGUAUACAAAAUGUUACUUCUAAUGGGACUAUUGAACUUAAUAUAGCAUCAAAGGAGGCACCAUGUAUGGAGGGUAGUGGUGUAAAUACAGUGAAGGAUGAUAAGAUAUUGAGCAUCAACAAUGAUAACAAUGAGAUUGAUCCUAAAGUUAAGGAAGAGGAAGAAGGUUUGAAGGAAUCUGAAUCUGAAUCUGCCUUGCAACAUGAGUUGAAGAAGUCUGUUUGCUCUACAGGUAUUGAUUUAGAUGGCUGCACUACUUCAGAAAUAGAAAGAAAUCCUCUAGGUACAGAUUGCACCUUGCUUCAAGAGUCUACAUUGUCCCUUCGGUGUUCAAUUGAUGAUGCAGAGCAAAACGUGUGUUCUCAAAACAAUCUGAAAUUGGCAACAAAGGAACAUGAAGACUCGAUUUUAGAAGAGGCACGGAUUAUAGAGGAAAAACGUAAGAGGAUAGCUGGAUUAACAGUUGGAAUCUUUAAAUCAGAGAGUAAUCAUACGUCACAUUGGCAUUUUGUCCUUGAAGAAAUGUCAUGGCUGGCUAAUGAUUUUGCACAGGAACGCCUUUGGAAGGUAACUGCAGCUGCUCAAAUUUCUCAGAGAGCUGCUUAUACUUCAAGGGUCAGAUUCCAACAGCAAAAUUCUUUACGGAUGCAAAAAAAAGUUGCUCAUACUUUGGCAGAAGCUGUCAUGGAGUUUUGGCACACACUGCAGGUGAAAUGCCAUGGAUUGGAGUUAGAGGGUACUAAAAAAGACUCUAUGGUUGGACUUGAUCAGUAUGGGAUGAGAUUCUUGGAGUAUAAUAACUCCAAUGCUCAGUACAACUCAGCUCAAGCGCCUGUUACUCCUGAUAGGAUAUCUGAUCUUGGCAUCACAGAUGUUUCAUGGGAAGAUAAUUUGACAGAAGAGAACCUAUUUUAUAUAGUCCCACCUGGUGCAGUUGAGGCCUAUAGAAAAACUAUCGAAUCUCAUUUGCUACAAUCUGAGAGAACUGGCAGUAGCAUGCAAGAGGAAGUGGAUGUCAAUGGGUAUGAUGAUGUUGCAGAUAAUACACUUGAAGAGGAUGAAGGAGAAACAAGUACAUAUUAUCUGCCAGGGGCAUUUGAAGGUAGCAGGAUGUCAAAACCCACUCAGAAGAAAAGGAAACAGAACCAGCCCUUCAAGUCAUAUGUUGGAAGACCAUAUGAGACAGGGGCAGAUUUGUCAUUUCCACAACCCCUUGAAAGAAAUAUUGGGACCCAACCUUCUGUGAUAAGUGGGAAACGACCUGCCACCAGUAUUAAUGUUUCAAUUCCCACAAAACGUGUACGCACUGCUUCCAGGCCGAGGUUUACUGGAGCUUCGGGUUAUAAUAAUAAUAAUAAUAAUCAGGCACCAAAUAGAACAGAUGCUUCAAGUGGUGAUACCAAUUCCUUUCAGGAUGAACAAAGUUCUUUACAUGGUGGGUAUCAAAUACCAAAUAAUAUGGAAGCAGAAUCAGUUGGAGACUAUGAAAAGCAGCUGCACUUUGACAUGACUGAAGUAUCAAACAGACCCAAAAAGAAAAAGAAGGGUUCCACAUUUGACCACCGAUGGCAGCUUGAUUCUAAUUUUCAGAAUAAUGAACAGAAGGAGCACUCAAAGAGGAGGUUGGAUACACGCCAAUUUGAUUCGAAUGGAAACAGUGUGGGUUCUCAGAUGAGUAAUAUGUCCAAUCCCAAUAAGUUCAUGAAAUUACUUGUGCGUGAUCGUGGUAGGAAAGCUAAAUUGCUUAAGACCCCUGUAGGGCAGCAGCAAGGUUCAGGAAGUCCAUGGUCAUUAUUCGAAGAUCAGGCCCUUGUUGUGCUGGUUCAUGAUAUGGGUGCCAACUGGGAACUUAUAAGUGAUGCCAUCAAUAGCACUUUGCAAUUUAAGUGCAUUUCUCGUAACUCAAAAGAAUGCAAAGAGCGUCAUAGAAUAUUAAUGGAUAGGAACUCCGGCGAUGGUGCUGAUAGUGCUGAGGAUUCAGGCUCAUCUCAACCUUAUCCUUCCACUUUGCCAGGCAUCCCAGAGGGAAGUGCAAGACAAUUGUUUCAACGGUUGCAGGGACCCAUGGAAGAAGACACACUCAAAUCACACUUUGAAAAGAUUAUUGUGAUUUCAAGAAAACUACAUUAUAAAAAGUCACAGGUGACUUUUUAUUUAUUUAUUUAUUUAGUACUUGAGAGUUUUGAAAAUCAUCUACUUUUUUCUGAUUCUUGUUUUCUGCCAAAGAAGGAUAAUCAGGAUCCAAAACAACUCCAGCAACCUCAUGGCUCACAUGCACUUGCUCUUUCUCAAGUCAUCCCAAAUAACCUCAAUGGUGGACCUGUCCUCACGCCACUUGAUCUGUGUGAACCGAUUUCAUCCACCCCGGAUUUUCUUCCUGUUAAUUAUCAAGCUCCGCAUACGGGUGCACCAAUGGUUCCUGGGUCAACCCCAGCUCCCUCACUACCCUCUUCUAAUUUGGUGUUCAGCAGUCAUUUAUCCUCCACUCCAUCUGGUCCAAUUAGUCCGUCUGUCGGUGUUAGGGAAGGAAGAUACGGGAUCCCUAGACCAGGAAUGGAUGACCAGCAUCGAAUGCAGCAAUACAAUCAAAUGUUGUCUGCAAGGAACAUGCAGCCUUCAACUUUACCUUUACCUCAUUCCGAUCGAGGUGUUCGUGGUAUGCUGCCAGGUGUCAUGAAUGGUAUGAACAGAGGGAUGAUGAUGACAAGACCACCCCCACUUCAAGGAGUUAAUAACUCCAACCCCCAAUCUAUGAUGAAUACCAGUCAAGUAAGAUCUCGUGAGGCUGUGCAUAUGAUACGGAAUCCUGAUCAUCAGAGGCAAAUCAUGGUACCAGAUGCUCAGAUGCAAGUAUCACAAGGUGGGACCACUCAAGGAAUUCCCGCGUAUCCAUCUGGAAUUGCUUCUUUCCCUCAACCACCUGUCCAGCCAUACCCCCACAUGCCAACUACCAAUUCUCAUCCACAUCCACAUCAUCUUCAAGGACCAUCACAAAAUCCAGCUUUUGGAAUGCGGUUGAUGAAAGAGAGACAACUCCAGCAACAACGCUUGCGACAACAGCAUUUUGCUGCGUCCAAUCCCGUGACGCCACAUGGACAACCACAGCUUCCAGUUUCCUCCCCUCAAAGUCAAAGCAGCAGCGCGCAAUCCUCACCGGUGACUCAACAACUGCAAAAACCAGCAUCCGCUGGGCUUGUGCGUAACCCUCAGACCGGCGCUGGCGGCAAUACAGUGAAGCCGCAGCGGCGUCCUCCACAGCAGUUCCAACCACCUGGCGGCAGGCCACAGCUGGCGGCUAAAGUUGUGAAAGGAGUAGGAGGUGGAAGCGGAAGAGGAACGGCUGGGGAUAAUGGGUUUGUUGCAGAGAAAGGUGAGAUGCAUCAUCAUAUGGUGCAAAGUGGACCAUCUGUGAAGAGAUUACCUGGUCAACCUCAGCCACAGCAAAAGGUGAAGCUGGGGAUGGGGAGUCAAAGUCAACUGACAGCUGCUCAAAAGAUUGUACUGCAGAAUAGAAAAGUAAAUCCUUCUGAUUCACCUGCAAGCAAGCUGCAAGCUAGAGGAGCAACUCUGCCUCUGCCUUUAACCAAACCCAACUCUCAGACAUCUUGUGAUGAUUCUGGGGAUCCAAAUAGGAAGGUUGAAUUUGAAACACCUGAAACUCAAACUGAAACAACAACCAGUGCAAGUGCAGAACAUGCGGUUAACCUUAAACAACAAUCUUCAUCAGACAGCAGCCGUCUACAUAGCUAAUGCUAAUCACCUGCCCUGGCCCACUAAUUUUAGAUCAGGCCAUUCAGAUUGAGCCGGCUGCUGUUCACAUGUAAUACCAAUGUACAGAUGACGUUCAUAGUUGCAUUCCAUCAGGCGGUUAGUAGGAAGAUGAAAACAGGCUGCACUGCAAUAUUGUUUUCGAUUGAAAUAUCAAAGUAGAGGGGGUUAACCAGAGUAAUGUUGGCAGGCAGGGGUAAUUGUGGAAUUUUGUAUAUAGGAUCUCUCAGUCUCAGUGUUUGAUGAGAGAGCCACGCCAUGGAGAGGGAUGGAGAAAGAUAUAGAGGUAUGUGUGUACAUAGUUUCUUCCCAUCCCUCCUUUCCUUUGUUAAAAGAUUUUGUUUAUUUCUCUCAUAUUUUUGGAACCCAUUGUAUUAACUAAUGCCCCUUUAGUAGUAGCACUAGUAACAGUAGUAGGGGUAUAGUUGUCAUUGUUGUUGGCCAAACCAAAGCCUAAGCCUGAGGUGGGGUGGGGUGGGGUGGGGGAAUUUUGUAAAUACUGCUAGUCGUUUUAGUGUGUAAAUGCAUGCAGAUCAAUGUUGUGUUACAUUACAUGAUAUCUUUGUUGCUGUAACUUCUUGUUUACAAUCGACUUUUUUCCACAUGAUGAAAUAGUAACAGUUAGGGCAUGUUUUAUUUA